AUGCCACUCAUCAUCAUCACGGGCCUCCCCAGCUCAGGCAAGACAUUCCGAGCGCAGCAGAUCGCCGCCGACCUGAACUCCCUCAUCGCAUCAGACCCAGCAGCAGCCCGUUCGAAAAGAAGCGUUCAGAUCGUGCCCUCGCACCACGCCUCCUCGGACGACGAACCCUACAACAACGACAACCGCGAUCCCGACUCCGUCAGACGUUCAACCUCAGAGAAUCUCCGCGACCAGAUCUACAGCAGCGCCGCGCAGGAAAAGACCGCGCGGGCCGAAGAAUUCUCCGCCAUCAAGAGAGCGUUGUCGAAGGAUACCAUCGUGAUCGCCGAUGGCCUGAACUAUAUCAAGGGCUACCGGUAUCAGCUAUGGUGUGAAGCCAAGGCCGCGGGGACGAGGUGUUGCGUCGUCCACGUCGCCGCGCUGGAGGAGCAAUGUAAGCAGUGGAACAGAGAGCGGUUGAAAGCCUGUGGACGGCUGAGAGGUGACGACAGUGACAGUGACGAAAAGAUUGCGGGGGCCAUCGAGAAGCAAGAGCCGGGGAAACAGGGUAAAGAUGUGCUCGGCGAGUUGGUCCCGGAGAGUCAUACGGCCAUAUAUGGAGAUCGGGUGGUUCGAUCGCGGUCUUCGUCUCUCGAUGUAGGAGAAGAGGGAGUCGGACCAGGAUCACAAAUAGACGAGCCGUCGAAACCAAAGCUCGACGACACUAUGACGCUGAAGUCGCUGUAUAUCACCGACAAGCAGGGCGUCGACACUCCUGUUUCGGCCAGAUCAAGGAUCCAGACUUCUUCUGGACAAUUAUCACCAUCACCACCACCAUCAUCACCAGCCACAGAAACAGAAGCAAUACCACCACUACCUUCUGCUCAUCUAACCCCACCCCCUCCGACCUCAUCACCGCCCUAUUCUCCAGCAACGCUCCUCUCUCUAGCCAUGCGAUAUGAGCCCCCUUCGCCCUUUUCGCGCUGGGACACACCGCUGUUCACCAUCCCCUCGAGCGACCCGACUCCGCCGACACGGGAGAUCUGGACAGCCCUCUUCCCACCGCCCGCCCGACCGACAAGCAAGAAAGCGUUGUCUCAAAUUCCAAAAUCUCAGAUACAAUCUCAGACUCAAUCUCCAUCCAAUUCUUCCAAGGCUGUCGGUCGGAACGACCAAACAGACAACCUCAGAUCUGACGCCGCCACUGCCUACGUGGUCAAACCCCACGCCGCAACAGUCCUCCCCAAAGCAACGGCUUCAGACGCGCUGCAGAUCCUCGAGAGCGCAACCAUGGACGUCGCGAGACAUGUGCUCGCCCGAGCGCGCGAACAGGGCGAGGCCCUUGCCCAAGGCGACGGCGGAGACAUCUCGCUGUCCAUCCCGACCGCGACGGCGGGGGAUGCGGAUACGGAUGCCGAUCCUGACGCCACGUUCGACACCAUGCUGCAUGUCCCUGCGGGACUGGUGCUGUCGCAGCCGCUGUUGCAGCGGUUGAGGAGGAAAUAUACCCAGAUCCAGCGCGGAGGGAUCGCCCAUGGCCAGGGAUACGUUCAUGGGCGGAGGGCCGUGGUUGAAGGCUUCAUUGAGUUCUUGGACAGCGAGUGGAAUGAUUCGGAGUGA